GUGGAGGAGGGACACACCCUCCUCCGCCCGCCCAGCCCGCGCCUCACAGGGAGGCGUCGGGAGGCGGGCGGCGGCGAGGCGCAGUGGUAGAGCCGGGGCGCCCGCGCUCACUAGGCCCGCGGACUGGGGGGAGCCCUGCGCCGGCCGGAUGAUGCUCCUCAGGGGACCCCGACCGUGGCGCCCGCGGCGGCCGCCAACCCUUAGCAUUCCCGCCCGAGCAGGUCCGCGGCCGCCGACGCCCCAGGUUUUGUAUAUGAAGCUGUGUGAAAAUCUGAAAUACUAUCAAUCACAUCUUUAUAGUACAGUGGUGCCACCUGAUGAAGUAACAGUUAAUUAUAGACACGGCCUUCCCUUGAUAACACUUACUUUGCCAUCCAGAAAAGAGCGCUGUCAAUUUGUAGUCAAACCAAUGUUGUCAACAGUUGGUUCAUUUCUUCAGGACCUACAAAAUGAAGAUAAAGGUAUCAAAACUGCAGCUGUCUUCACAGCAGAUGGCAAUGAGAUUGCAGGUUCAACCUUGAUGGAAAUUUUGCUAAUGAAUGAUUUUAAACUUGUCAUUAAUAAGAUAACGUAUGAUGUACAGUGCCCCAAGAAAAGAAAACUGAGUAGUGAGCAUGCUACUGAGAUGGAAAACAUGAAAUCCUUGGUUAACAGACUGUUUACAGCCUUGCAUUUAGAAGAGUUUCAGAAAAAGAGAGAGCAUCAUUUACUGGAGAAGAUUGACCACCUGAAAGGACAGCUGCAUCCCCUCGAAGAGAUGAAAGCUACAAUCGAAGCUCGCUCAGAAUCCAAAACCAGUGGACUCCUGUGGGGUGGAUUAGCGCUGCUGUCAGUUCAGGGUGGGGCGCUGGCAUGGCUUACCUGGUGGGUGUACUCCUGGGAUAUCAUGGAACCAGUUACAUACUUCAUCACAUUUGCAAACUCCAUGGUCUUUUUUGCAUAUUUUCUUGUCACUCGACAGGAUUAUACUUACUCAGCUAUUAAGAGUAGGCAGUUUCUUCACUUCUUUCACAAGAAAUCAAAGCGACAGCAUUUUGAUGUGGUGCAAUACAACAAGUUAAAAGAAGAUCUUGCUAAGACUAAAGAAUCCCUGAACGAGGUGCGCCGCUCUCUCUAUUUGCCAACGCAAGUAGAGGAACUCAAUGAAAAGAAUUAAUUCUACAUUUUUAAAUGUCACUGAAUUUUUCCAUUAUGUGUUGAUUUUGCAACUUGGAAACUGGAACUUUUUGAGUCCCAUAGUUCAUUUGAAUUUUUCUGUUUCAGUCUGUUGUUAUUAAAAAAAAAAAUGCUCGCAAAACACAGGUAUUCUUGGGAGUUCUCACUUGAAAUUUUUUGGUUUUUGGAUUUUCACGACUUGUUGAGGUUUAACACUGAAAGGAGUUUGGAUGCGUCCAUCAAAAUCAAAGUGUCUGCUGCUGCAGUUUGGCCUUUAGACUAUGAAUCCUCAUCAGCUGUCCUGUGUUCAUUCCCUAUGAGGAGGUGAAAUGGUCAGUGUGCUUGGCAUUCACUUUCGUUCUUAAGCUUUAUUUAGAAUCAUCUUGUCAUUAAUUUCUUUUUAAAAAUGUAUUUAUUAUAGUUUACAUACAAUAUUAUAUUAGUUUCAGGUGUACAACGUAAUGAUUCAAUAUACACCUUAUGAAGUGAUCACCACAAUAAGUCUAGUAACCAUCUGUCACUGU